GUUAAGGUGAACACUGCUGAUAAUUUGAAUUUGCUGAGAGCUGAGAGAAAAGAGAGGAAUAAAACCGAUACUCAAUAGAAGACUCUCCGAGCUUUCGUCUGUAUGGACUGACAGAGUGUUUCAUCGCUCACCAUAAAAACUAUGAAAGGUAUCGGACUAGGUAGUAAAUGUUUAAAAUGAAGUUUUAGAAAUUACUCGGGAAAUCAAUUAAUGGACUGAAACAUAAUUUUCUGGAUAUAUAUUACCAUCGAGACGAGACUUAAGCAGACUUUGGGAGGAAACUUAUUUUAGUCGACAUAAAACCUACUAAUAAGAGAAAAGUGUAUCGAGUGUCAGCAUGGCAGAAAUAAACACGACAGUCGUACCAUUUAAUUCUACAUCAAGUUUAUAUGAAAAUAAAUCCCAGAACGGCAGUGAUGUUGACUUAGAAGAGGACCUGUAUGAAUUUGUUUCUGUAUUUGUCCCUUUAUUAUGGGGAAUAUUAACGGUUGUGGGAGCUUUUGGUAAUGCUCUGGUAAUUUACACGCUCGUAAGACAUGGUGAUAAGAACGCUACAAAUUACUUUGUGAUAAAUCUGGCUAUUUCGGACUUUGCUUUUGUUGUAAUAGUCGUACCUUUCACAGCUACGCUUUAUGCACUUCCAGAAUGGAUAUUCGGAGAUGGAAUGUGCAAGAUCACUAUGUACAUGAUUUAUGUAACACUGCACGCAACAUGUCUCACGUUGAUGGCGAUGACGAUCGACCGAUACUGUGCAAUCGUUUAUGCCGUCCAAUCACGAAACUGGAGAACAACACAGGUCUCUCUAAUUGUUUGCCUUAUAGUUUGGUUAGUGUCAUUUGUGGUAUCUCUUCCAUUUGCGAUUUACUUCCGGACGGUCACGGAUGACAGAGGUAUCACAUAUUGUAUGGACCAGUGGCCAAACCCGCAAGAGGUUUAUGGAAAGAUUUCAAUUAUUGUUGUAGUGUUUACAACAUAUGUUGUUCCACUUUCUGUCAUCAUUUACAGUUAUGCCAUGAUUCUGAAGACUUUGUGGAGGAAUAAAAUGGCAUCUGGUCAGAAUCAUAGUAACGGAAUUACUUCAAAGAAAGCCCAACAGCAGGAGAAGAGGCGGAAACGUGUCACGAAACUUGUUGCGUCCGUAGUUAUUGUAUUUGCCCUAUUCUGGCUUCCAAUACAUAUUUUGAAUAUGUGGUUCAAACUGGACCCCGAAAACUUUCCGAAAACACCUACCAUGUUAAUGUUUAAGAUUGCGUCACAUACUCUGUCUUACGCUAACUCUUGCGUUAAUCCAUUCGUGUAUGCUUUUCUAAGUGAUGGUUUCAGAAAAGCAUUUAGAAAGACCUUCCCGUUUAUUGCACAGCGGUAUAAAAUAUGUGGCGGGCCAGCCGAUGAAUACGUAAGUCAAGUUGGAUUAAAUGAACGACCGACUGAGCAAACUAAAGCCUCUAUGAAUAUUGUAAAUAUGGAAGAAAGAAAAUUAAUGCAGACUGACUUGUAAGGAUUGAAUACUGGAUAGUUGUGAACCAAAUAAAGUUAUCGUGUCAUUUAUUGAUUGAUUAUUUCCCUAGGAUUACAGUAGACGUUGAUACUCUAGUGCUUUAAUAGACUUGAUAAAAAGUAAGAAUUGUCAUCGAGUUCAAUCAAUUGUCCAAACUGAUAUAUUGAUGUACAAUUUCCUCGACAUUCAGCUGAAGAAAGAUGUCGAAUAACGUAUUUAUUCCUAGGUAAAGAAACUAUUAUCAUUAAUUAAGUGUAUAUCUUAUCUUUGAAAACACAUAUUAAUGUUGUAAUUUGCAAAGUUUUAUUUUUCCGAAAUGUAAAUGACUUUGUAUGUUUAACUCAUUUUCUGUUACCACAUAUGAAUAUCAACAUUUAUAUCAUAAUAUUAUAUUUUAUACACUUUGUGACAAUUUAUAGCUGUACCAUUUAAAUUGAUUUCCGAAAAAUCACCCUUCACCCGUAUGUUUGUUUGAACGUUAGAGCAUUUCAUGAUCAUAUUAUUAUAAAUAUAUUCAUCAACUUUUUGUUAAUAAAUUGCUUAACUUGCUUCUUCCAUUACGUUGGUAA